AUGAUCCAGGACAAUUCUGAGGUUCCUGGCGACCUGUCCCUACAAGAACGUCAGGAACUGGAGAACAUCCGUCGCCGGAAGCAGGAACUAUUGGCUGACAUUCAGCGUCUGAAGGAUGAGAUAGCAGAAGUCACGAAUGAAAUUGAGAGCCUGGGAUCCACAGAAGAGAGGUACAUUGUCUCUGCCAUAUAUAGGCAGUUUCUGUGGAGCUUUCGUCUUCCAGGAGAGGCACAGAAGAUUGAUCGAAUGAUGGAGGCAUUUGCACAGCGAUAUUGUCAAUGCAAUAAUGGAGUCUUUCAAUCCACAGACACUUGCUAUGUUCUCUCCUUUGCCAUCAUUAUGUUGAAUACCAGUCUUCAUAACCCCAAUGUCAAAGAUAAGCCCACAGUGGAGAGGUUCAUUGGCAUGAAUCGAGGUAUUAAUGAUGGAGGUGAUCUGCCAGAGGAGUUGCUUAGGAAUCUCUACGAGAGCAUAAAAAAUGAACCCUUCAAAAUCCCUGAAGAUGAUGGAAAUGACCUCACUCACACUUUCUUCAAUCCAGAUCGUGAAGGCUGGCUAUUAAAACUUGGCGGCAGGGUAAAGACAUGGAAGAGACGCUGGUUUAUUCUGACCGACAACUGCCUUUACUACUUUGAAUAUACAACGGAUAAGGAGCCUCGUGGAAUUAUUCCUUUAGAGAAUCUAAGUAUCCGGGAGGUAGAGGACUCCAAAAAGCCAAACUGCUUUGAACUUUACAUCCCCGACAAUAAGGAUCAAGUAAUCAAAGCUUGUAAGACGGAGGCUGAUGGUCGAGUGGUAGAGGGAAACCACACGGUCUAUCGGAUUUCAGCUCCAACUCCUGAGGAGAAGGAGGAAUGGAUGAAAUGCAUCAAGUAAGUUGCACUGACAGAACAUGAAGGGCAGGCUUAUGGGAGCCUUAGUUUUUUUUGUCUCUUUGGUUUCAUUUUUUCAGACUACUUAAAUCAAAAUCUUCAAUGUCCCUUUUUCUUCUUUUCCCCCAACCAGAUCCCAGAUCAUGAAAAAUCCUCCAGGGAAGAUGAAUAUAAUUAGAGAAGAUUCCCAAAUUACUGUUCAGGGAAAAUUUUAGAGGUCUGUCCCUUGCAGUAUUUUAUUUUAUUUUUUAAGCAUCCCCUCCCCUUUAUAAAAUUUAGAAUAUUUUUCCAUGGUUACAU